CGUGAACCUGAAAUCUGAAUUGAAACCCGCAGCUGUGCACUGCGAAUCCAACUGCAUGCAUGCAGGGUGGAAUACGAAGAGAGACAUUGUCGCCAUCCGAGUCCAUAUCCACUCACUCUCAUCGUCAACAUGCCCAGAUACUACUGUGACUAUUGCGAUAUUUUCCUAACGCACGACUCGCCGUCGGUGCGGAAGGCUCACAAUGCCGGAUGGAAGCACAAAAUGCAUGUGCAGAACUAUUACUCAGCGUUAGAUCCGGACCAGGUGCAGGCGAUCGUAGACCGAAUCAACGAAGCAUAUCAGGGAGUCCCGGGUGGACCAGAUUUCAACAAUAAUGGCAUGAAUGGACAGAUGGGAGGCCUGGUGGGAGGCCCGAUGGGAGGGCCAAUGGGAGGGCCAAUGGGCGGACCUCCAUUUGGGAUGCCACCACCGCAUAUGAUGGGAAGACCCCCAAUGGGUCCGCCGGGUCCAAACGGCGUCCGUCCACCGUUCCCAGGCCCACCACCAGGGAUGCAUGGGCCCCCACCUUUCGGACGUCCACCUAUGCCAUUUCCUCCAGGACCGCCACCUGAAGGCUUUCGACCCCCAGGACCGUUCCCUCCAGGAGGAUUCCCACCUCCACCAGCGGGUUUCCGGCCGCCCUUCCCGGGUGCGCCACCAUUUGGAGCAAUGCCUCCGCCGGGUCCGGGUGGGAUGCCACCACCGCCUAUGGGAUGGGCGCCUCCACCGCAAAUGGCAAUCAAUGGGACACCGAAUGGGGAUGCGAAUGCACUGAAAAGAUCAGCUGACGACGACGACGAAGCUAGCAAACGUGCACGGGCAGAAUAAUUCCUCGGGUCGUCCUGUAUCUCACCAGCAGGCGCCUUCCGCGAGCUUGAGCGAAUGGGCAAUCACGAUACCGAAACAGAAAGCGAGAAUGUACACAGAUCACCAGGGCGCGUGUCUGGGGACGACCGUAUAGAUUGGGCAUAUGUAUAUAUUGGCCACGACUGCCCCAUUAGUCGAGGUGCGGGGAAGGUUUUGACCUGAUGGCGUGGGAUGUAGAGUACAUUUGGCAGCAAGAUGAAAAUACAUCCGGAAAACAUUGAACGAAAACUGCCUCCCCAACUCGGGAACUCGUAACGUGAUGCAUUGCAAAAAAAAAACGUGGACACUCUUAUUGAGAACACUUCAACUUCGGAAGAACUGAGGUGACAUCUCAUCAAGAUAGGGAUGGCCUGUGGGUCCGAAUACAUGAACGAGUUGAGCAAAUACAGACAGGGAUGCAAAGAAGACGAACUGUC